AUGAAAAUACUAGGCCUUCUUGUGUUCAUCGGUCUUGGCGUAUGCUGUUAUACUCAAAGCCAUGACUUAAUGUUGGGGCAACCCAACUAUGGAGAUCUGCCCGUAUAUCGAUUCGACCAGUGCAAAUAUGGAUUUCCGUUGAUAACAAGGUCAAGUAUAAUAGAAUACCCAGGAGGUCAAUUAUCAAAUAUUCCCUACAUUACAGCUAUUUAUGUCAAAGAUAAUUUAGAAGAUGGUAGUGGUGGGUAUGCUUCGCUUCUCGAAGGAGGUGUCGGACAAAGAUUUGUUAAGAUCAAAUUGAAGAGUCAGCAAGGUGGUGGUUUCAAUUUUACUGUUACCAUUUAUGGAAGAUUUCUAUAA